AUAUAUAUAUAUAUAUAUAUUUAUAUAUUUAUUAAUUAAAUUAUACGCGAAUGGCACCAAACUGUAAUAUAUACCUACAUGUAAACUGACAGAAAAAAAAAUAUAUUCCAUAAGGAAAUUAUCAUUUAAUUGAUAAAAAAUGUCGACAACUUUAUCAAAUCAAGCCCAAAUUCGAUACGUUAUAGAAUGGUUUCAAGAAUGGUCAGAAAUGCAAAGAGAUGAUUUUGUUGGAAUACUCUUGGAAAGAUGUAGUUCUUCAAAUCUUGUAAAUGGUCUACUCACUGGGAUUGAAAAUCUUGGGAAAGAAAAUUCAAAUAGACCACCAAGCCUUUUUCAGUGUCGUAUUAAGUUAUUUCGAGAAUGGAGUCAAAAUUGGUCUGAACAAGAAAAGGAAACUAUUGUAACUUCAAUCAAACAUAUGGAUACUACUUUUGCUGAGAAAUAUGAACAGAGGCUAACCGAAGCUAAUGACGGAGGAAAAGUAGAGCAAGAAAAAGAAUCAUAAAAGUUGAAAAUGUUAUUUUUGGCAUUAAUCGAUACAUCUUUUCGAUGCUGUUAACAAAUAUUUGAAAAAUGUGAGAGAAUAAGAACUGCUAUUUUGUGAUUGAUCUACGUUCCAUGAGCUAAUGAAAGAUAGCCCUUAUUGGCAUCUAUCUAGUCUGUCAGUCACUGGUUUUUAUUAUUCAUUGAACAUUCCAUUACAAUAAUACUUCAUUAAAUCAUAGUUAUUCAUUGUUUCUUACUUUAUUUUAUCAAUUUCUAGUUGCAUUAUUCCAGUUAACUAAGA